UCGGCGAUGUAAAUUUCGCCUUGACUGGGAGCGCACGUCGUCAACAUGAACGCCGACAGUCUUCCGGUUACCUCCUUCAUCCUCGUAGGAACAUUGGCUGGCUGUAUGUCGCUGUUCUUCAUCGCGUGCUACUGGUGUCAACGAACCUUCAAGCGAGCCUUCGGCUCUGAGACCGAGGAGCAUCCUUCCUCAUCGCAGACAUCCACGGUCCCUCCUCGGGCUGCCCAGCGGACGGUGACGCCACCACCUUCGUACAGAUCAGUCGUGAAGAAAGGAAGAAAAGGAUUGGGAUUUCCUGACGCCCAGAUACCCGAAAGCGAUCCUCCAAACUACCAGGAAGCACUUCGUUUAGAAUCUCGAGGCUACAUCUGAUUCAGUGUCUAGUACUCUCGAAACCUUCUGCGGGGCUCAGCGUUUUUAUCAUGAUUCCCAUCAUCUGUAAUUUUCACACGUGGCUCGGAAUUACGGAACAGCGCACAGAACGCCGGGAUCGAGACAUUCGUUCCGCUGGUCUGGAGUGAGUUAUUUA